AUUUUUUCAAAAAAAAAACUCGCCAUAUCUACUCUUCAUCAAGUCUACUACUGCUCGCGCUAACAAGCAACAACAUCUCAGCUUCCCUCUAUCUGUGGCUUUCUUGCCGAAGUAAUAAAGAGACGUUUCUAUUUGGGUGAGCAAUCACACAAUUCAUCCCGAAGCUUCAAGACUCUGUUUCCGAGACAGUGAAAAAUGGCUAUUAAAAACAGGAGCAUUAUUUGUUUCCUGUGCGCGGCGUCCGCGGCGCUGCUUUUCGCCGCUCCGUCUGAGUCGGCGAUAGGAGUGAACUGGGGUACCCUUUCCCUGCACAAGCUGCCGCCGCCGACGGUUGUGGAUCUCCUCAAGUACAACGGUAUUCGGAAGGUGAAACUGUUCGAAGCGGAUCCGGAUGUGCUCAGGGCGUUAAUGGGCAGUGGGAUUGAGGUCAUGGUUGGAAUCCCCAACGAGCUCCUUUCCCUCAUUGCAUCUUCCUCAUCUGCAGCUGAUUUGUGGGUUUCCCAGAAUGUGACCAGAUACAUGGUUAAAGGGGGUGUUAAUAUCAAGUAUGUUGCAGUUGGGAACGAACCUUUCCUCACAAGUUACUCUGGUCAAUACCAAUCUGACGUCCUUCCUGCUCUAUCAAACAUACAACAAUCUCUAGUCAAAACAAAUCUUGCAGGGUCCAUAAAGCUGGUUGUACCAUGCAACGCUGAUGCCUAUGAGUCUCCUUCUGUACCAUCACAAGGUACCUUCCGACCCGAACUGACCCAAAUAAUGACCCAACUUGUUUCUUUCCUAAACUCAAUCGGUUCGCCAUUCAUGGUCAACAUAUACCCAUUCCUCAGCCUCUAUGGAAACUCGGACUUCCCACAAGACUAUGCCUUUUUCGAAGGAACGACCCAUCAAGUGGUGGACGGUCCGAACGUAUACUUUAACGCGUUUGAUGGAAACUUUGAUACUUUAGUGUCAGCCCUCUCCAAAAUCGGGUACAGUCAGAUGCCUAUUGUCAUAGGAGAGGUAGGUUGGCCCACGGACGGAGCCGUCAGUGCCAACAUAACUGCUGCAAGAGCUUUCAACCAAGGGCUAGUGAACCAUGUACUUAGAAACCAAGGGACCCCUCUUAGGCCUGGGGCCCCUCCCAUGGAUGUUUACCUUUUUAGCCUCCUCGAUGAGGACGGGAAAAGCAUUCUUCCCGGAAACUUCGAGAGACACUGGGGAUUGUUCUCUUUCGACGGGCAGGCAAAGUAUAAACUGAACCUUGGAAACGGUUUGCUGAGGAACGCCAAAGAAGUAAGUUACCUUCCAUCCAGGUGGUGUGUGGCGAAACCAGAUAGAGACUUUUCAAUGGUGGAUAACCACUUUAGGACCGCGUGUAGCUUUGCGGAUUGCACGACCCUGGACUACGGCGGGUCCUGCAAUGGCAUUGGGCCAAAGGGAAACGUGUCUUAUGCAUUUAACAGUUACUAUCAGUUGCAAAAACAGAAUCCGGUGAGCUGUGAUUUUGAUGGGCUUGGGAUGGUCACUUUCUUGGAUCCUUCUAUUGGUGAGUGCCGGUUUCUUGUUGGAGUCACAGAUGGAAAAUCUUCAGGUCUGAACUUGCAUAGAAGUUGGGUAAUAACCGCAUUGAUGACGUUUGGGUGUUUCUUGUUUUCUGUGACUACCAUAUGAUUGGGGGGGUCCAUCUUUCCAGGAUCCUGAAAUAGGAAAGAUACUGCACAGUUGAUAGUAGUUAGAAGUGAGGUCCGGGUUAGUUUGUAAAAGCUUAUAUUUAUUGUUCAUGUAUCGAAUGGACUAGAUUAGUUGAUAUCUAUGGUCUGAUGAUGUACACAAGCUGGACUAUAGCAUGCAAGUAAAUUCAUGUAGAAUUAUGUAAUCCAAGAUCAAUGCGCAUGCAUAUUAGCUCAAUAUGCAUGCAUAUUUGUCUUUUAUUCUGAAGAA